GAAUCCUUCUCGCUUCUCCCUCCUGAGUCUCCCACCCAUUAAAAUGCAGCGCGGCAGAGGGUUGGUCUCCUCCUGGACAAAAUCAGCUCCCGAAAUCCAAAACUGAAACAGGGGAUUUUGAGCUUGGUGCUUGCUCGGGAGACCGAUUUUGGAGCCGGCGGAGGGGAUGUCAGGACCCCUCGAUCGAUUUGCUAGGCCAUGUUUUGAAGGGUUUGUCCAUAACGAUGAAAGGAAAGAGAGCAAAUCCGAUGCAGACAACUCAGAAGGAGAUAAGAAGACUAAAGUCAGUUCUUUCAAGAAAAAGGCAAUUAAUGCGGGGAAUAAAUUCAGGCAUUCCCUGAGAAGGAGAAGCAAAAAGAAGAACGAACCUAGGGAUUCCAUCAAGGACAUAAGGGAUGUUAAAGAGCUUCAAGACGUUGAGACAUUUCGGCAAUGCUUAAUUGAUGAGGAUUUGCUGCCACAACAGCAUGAUGAUUAUCACAUGAUGCUGAGGUUCCUAAAAGCGCGGAAAUUUGAUGUUGAGAAAGCAAAGAAUAUGUGGUCAGACAUGCUUAGAUGGAGGAAGGAAUUCGGGACCGACAAAAUAGAGGAAUUUGACUACACCGAGUUAGACGAAGUUACAAAGUAUUACCCACAAUUUUAUCAUGGGGUGGAUAAAGAGGGCAGACCUGUCUACGUAGAGUUAAUAGGAAAAGUUGAUGCGAACAAGCUAGUGCAAGUAACAUCUAUAGAUCGGUAUGUGAGAUACCAUGUCAAGGAGUUUGAAAGAUGUUUCCAGAUGAGAUUUCCAGCUUGCUCAAUUGCUGCAAAAAAACAUAUAGACUCAUGCACCACUAUUUUGGAUGUGCAAGGAGUGGGUUUCAAGAACUUCUCAAAAUCUGCGAGGGAAUUAAUCACACGAUUGCAGAAGAUUGACAGUGAUAACUACCCAGAGACAUUGUGCCGGAUGUAUAUCAUUAAUGCUGGUCAAGGCUUCAAGAUGUUAUGGAGCACAAUAAAAUCAUUCCUUGAUCCAAAAACUGCUUCCAAGAUUCAUGUUCUUGGGAACAAGUACCAACAUAAGUUGCUUGAAAUUAUUGAUGAAUGUGAACUACCAGAAUUUCUUGGUGGAAAAUGCAAGUGUGAAGAACAUGGAGGUUGUCAAAAAUCUGACAAAGGUCCUUGGAAGGAUCCUGAAAUAAUAAAGAGAGUGCUCAAUGGCGAGGCAAACUACGGAAGGCAAAUUGUGACUAUAUCCAGCACAGAUGGAAAGAUUAUCGGUUAUGCUAGGCCAGAUUACCCAACAAGAAAAGGUAGUGAUGCAUCUGCUGAGUCUGGGUCUGAAGUGGAAGACGUAACAUCUCCUACUGCAUCAAGGAACCUGAUUACACACCCUAUCUUGACCCCUGUUCACGAAGAGUCAAAAUUGCCGGUACAUGCUUCUGCAUUUGUUGCUCAUACUUCUAUUGAAGAAAGCAUUCCUGUUGUGGACAAGGUGGUUGAUGAUGGAUGGGGUAGUCCAAGAGCUAGUCUACAAGCAUCUUCCUCAGGUUCAUUGUCCUUGAGAAAUUUUGAAGGACUCCGAGCUCAAAUUAUCACAUGGCUGACAGUCUUUAUCAUGACCCUUUUUGCCAUGCUUUGUUCGGUCCCAAGCAAGGUGGCUAGAAGGAUCUCUAACCAAUCUAUUAAGCAUGAUGACUAUCAUGUUGAGUAUCCUCAAGAACAGGAGUACAAGGAGGAGUUCCGACCUCCAUCUCCUGCCCCGUCGUAUACAGAAAAGGAUGUACUUUCAUCUAUGCUGAGACGGCUAGGUGAGCUGGAGGAUAAGGUGCAGGUGCUUGAAACAAAGCCGUCUGAGAUGCCAUUUGAAAAGGAAGAAUUGCUCAAUGCAGCCGUCCGCCGUGUGGAUGCAUUGGAGGCUGAGUUAAUUUCCACAAAGAAGGCCCUCUAUGAUGCCUUGAUGCGACAGGAUGAGCUGCUCGCGUACAUCGACAAGCAAGAUCUGAUCAAAUUCCGUAAAAAGAAGUUCUGCUUCUAAGAGCUGGACGGGGAGCAGCUGUUGUUCACACGCAUAGCCGUUCGUGUAUAUUGGAUUGCGGCUAAUGUGUUGUGUGUAUGUAUGUAUAUUUUGUUGGUCCGUAGAAGUGUGUAGCUGGUAGUAAAAACUAGGCGUGCCGUCCGGCGUCUUUGGGCGUGUUUGGCUUGUUUGCUAGCUGGCCUUGCCUAGGCAUUUCUUGUUUCGUGCCUGUUGAAACAGGACGAUAUAUCAGGUGAAGGUGUUUUGUAUGCUCUACCCUGUCAGGUAUCUAGCACUUGCUAGCAUAAGCUGUAAUCUUGCAUGUUCUCACAAAUGAUUGCGUGCUGACAAUAAUUGUCGUAAACGAGCUGUGUGCGCUCUUGUGCUA